AUGAGACAGUCUCUUUGGUUUCUAGCCGCUGCUUUGGUGGUGGCUCAGGCACAUCCACAACGCUCCAGAGCAAAUACAGGCGCCAGCCUCCGGAGGCGCGGCGUGAAUAUUGACAAAUAUUUACUGCCUGACAGCAGCACUUAUACCGAGGCUGCUUCUCUCGAUGAUAUCAAGCUGUCAACUCUUGGCUCUGGCUACAUUGAAACUGCUACAAACAUUGUCAAAAGUAUGUUCCCUACCAUCGAUUUCCGUCUUGUCGAUGACCACUAUGUGGGAACAAACGGCAUGGCCCAUGUGAACUUCAAACAAACCGUGCAUGGGAUUGAUAUUGAUAACGCCGACUUUCAUGUCAAUGUUGGAACAGAUGGAAAUGUCUUCUCGUAUGGACACAGUUUCUUCGGCGGCUCACUCCCUCACGAGCCUCCCCGACAAAAGCGGGACACGGGUGAUGCUGUCCAGGCCCUGAGAGGUGCCAUUGAUAUUCUGGGUCUCCCCGUUCAAAUAACACCCGAUACCGCAGUCGUUCCGAACUUGCUUGAGUCUACCGUCUACUCGGUUAUUGGGGCUUCAGGUGCCGAACGAGACCCCGAAGCACGUCUCGUCAAACUUACCUGGCGUGUUGAGACUGACGUCGUGGAGAACUGGCUGCUUACAUAUGUUGAUGCUUGUUCCAUGAAUGAGAUACGAGGCGUUGUUGACUACGUGUCCGACAUUGCGAGCUAUCAAGUCUACCGGUGGGGGACACUGGGAUUUACCGAGGCUGCCGGGAAUUUCCAGUUUAACAAUAAUGGUCAAGGCGGCAAGGGAGAUGAUCCUGUGAUUCUUGACGCGCAAGACGGCUCCGGAUCCAAUAACGCCCCUGGACGGAUGACAAUGCUGAUGUAUACUUGGUCGCUUCCUGAGCGUGAUAGCACCUUCGAAGCCGGCGUAGUCAUUCAUGAAUACGCUCAUGGGCUUUCCAACCGACUUACAGGCGGUCCAGCCAACUCCAACUGCCUUGGCGGCGAAGAAUCGGGCGGUAUGGGCGAGGGCUGGUCCGAUUUCUUCGCCACUGCUGUCCGUCUCAAGCCCAAUGACACUCGCGAGACGGAUUAUCCUAUAAGCGCAUGGGUCAAUGAUUGGGCUCUCGGCAUUCGCGCUUAUCCAUACUCGACCAGUAUGACUACGAACCCACAUGUCUACUCCGAUAUUGAUAAAAUGGGUGGUGAACCUCACAGCAUCGGUGAAAUCUGGGCCAGUGUCCUUUAUGAGAUCUUGUGGAACCUUAUAGAUAAACAUGGCAAGAAUGAUGGGGAUUUUCCCGACUUUGACAGCAAUGGUGUCCCCACCGAUGGAAAGUUCCUUACUAUGAAGAUUGUCUUGGACGCCAUGGCGCUGCAACCUUGCUACCCGGCAUUCAAUCAAGCUCGCAAGGCUAUCAUCGACGCGGAUAAAGCUUUGACUGGAGGAGCCAAUUAUUGCGAACUCUGGGCUGGAUUCGCGAAGCGUGGGAUGGGUCCUGAUGCAACCAAUUCUACGUAUAAGCCUCGCAUGGACGACUUCAAUCUACCAGUUGGCUGCUUGAAUUGA